AUUAUCACAUUCAUUUUCGUUAAAUGAUAACAUUCUGAGCCGGCGAAGGGGAAAAACUUUGGGGAGGGUGAGCACAUAGCGCGAUCUUCGAGAAUAAUCUGUCGAUAGAAUUUCAUAAUUAGCUGGAUCAGUUGACCAGUUCUUGUCUUAUUAUAUUGGAAGAGAGAGGGAGGGUGAGGGGGAGUAAGAAUCGGAGAGAGUACGAUCGAUGAAUGAGAAACCCGCCCAGCCUUGUUUCCCUCGCAAUUGACUCUGCUGUUAAUAACUGGCCUAGCAUUUCAGAUCUUUCAUUUCUCCCUGAACACAUUCUUCUCGAGCUCUUCUCGAGAACUUUGAAAGCCGGUAAAUUAAAUGAGAGGAUUUUAAAACUGUUUGUAGCAACUGGCAAAGAAGAAAUCCGUUCUGUGAUUGAGGAACUUAAUAUCCAACACAUUCUGAUUCCUGUCCUCCCCACUCGUGACAUUAACUGUGAUGAAGUGGAUAUUGUGAUUGGUGCCCUUCAGUUAGAUCUUACAUCUUUCAUGGAAGAGUGGAGACCAGUGUUCUCCCAAUUCAAUUUAAUAAUUGUCCAAGAUCCUGACCUGAAAGGAAAACUUAAGAUUCCAGCAGGAUUUAAUUUUGAUCUCUAUACGAAGUCUGAUAUAGAUGGUUUUCUGGGCUCGUUGUCAAAUGCUAUAUCUUUUUCUGGCUAUUGUUGCCGGUACUUUGGCUAUCUUAUGUCCCAAAAGAAAUACAUUAUUGCUAUUGAUGAUGACUGCAUCCCAGCUAAAGAUAGUGCUGGGAACUUUGUUGAUGCUGUUGCUCAGCAGAUCAUCAACCUUUCAACCCCAGCUACACCUUUUUUCUUCAAUACACUCUACGACCCUUUCUGCGAGGGGGCUGAUUUUGUUCGUGGCUACCCAUUUAGCUUGAGAAGUGGUGUGGAUUGUGGUCUGUCAUGUGGGCUGUGGCUAAAUUUAGCCGAUCUUGAUGCACCUACACAGGCCCUCAAGCCAGAGCUAAGAAACAAUAGGUAUGUUGAUGCUGUACUUACUGUACCGGCAAGGACCAUGAUGCCUGUGAGUGGGAUCAACAUAGGUUUCAACCGUGAGUUGGUGGGGCCUGCUUUAGUACCGGCAUUUAGGCUGGCAAAGGAAGGAAACCUAAGGUGGGAAACAGUAGAAGACAUAUGGACAGGGAUGUGUGUUAAGGUUGUCUGUGAUCAUCUGAGACUCGGUGUGAAGAGUGGGCUUCCAUACGUGUGGCGAAAGGAACGAGGCAAUGCCAUUGAGAGUCUGAAGAAAGAGUGGGAAGGGGUCAAGUUGAUGGAGGAUGUCAUUCCUUUCUUUCAAUCAUUGAGGUUGUCUACAUCGGCAGGUACUGCAGAGGAUUGUGUCUCUGAGAUUGCUGCAACGGUGAAAGAGCAACUGGCACCGGCAAAUCCUGUUUUUGCUCGUGCUGCUGAAAAUAUGGUUGAGUGGGUCAAGCUUUGGAAGCGAGCACGAACUCGGUAAAUGAACACUGCUCUCUUGAUAGGAGGCAAUAAUUGUUUCUCUUUCUCGUCUUACCUCCUCAUGAUGUCUUUAAUCAUCUUAGGUGAUUCAUAUAGCUAUGCUUUCGAUUCUUAUGCUUAUUUCUAAACGGAUGCUACGGUUUGUUCAACAUAUAAAUUUGACGCAUGCCUAGAAACUCUAAAAUUCUUGGUCAACAGCGAAGUAUUCGAAAAUGUAGAUGACUGCAAGGAUAUAUCUUCUUUAAGUUUUUUAUAUUGCAGCAUACAUUUGAUUGUA